UUACAGUGUGAUUGCAGCAUGUUUCUAGAAGGGAUCUUUUGACUUUCAAUCAUGGCCAAAACUUCAUGAGGGUUUUACACGUUUCUGUAUAAUCAAAGGCUGGCAGAUUGAUGGCUGCCUGUGUGCUGUGUCGACGGGUGCCCAGGCCACGAUACCUCCUAGGCUUGAGAACGGACCGGACCCAAGCUCAGCAUGUGCCUGUCAAACAAAAGGAUGCGACUGAUGAUCACAAGGAAAAGAAAGCAGCAUUGCAAAAGCAGGAGGCCUCACCCCAAGAAGGAUACAGGCUGUUUUACAACCCUUCCUCAUAUCACCCCUCUGUGUGGACCGCUGCAUCCUCCAAGAGCCAGACAGAUAAUGAGGAGGAUGAACAGUGUCUAUCCACACUCGCACCUUCCUUUUGGCAACAGGGCAAUCGCUACAGUGUGAGUUGCUCCCGUCACCUCUCCAGCUCAAAAAACACACUGCUUGACUUAGCAUUCAACACAGAUCCUGAACCUGAGAGGCCUUCAGUUUCUUCCCUCAGAAAACCCACACCGCCAGAUGUGAAAGUAAAUACACGUGCUUUCCUCAAAUGUCGGCCUGAGUAUGCCUCUACGACCAUUGACCUCACCAAACGGCCUCGCCUGAUUGAAAUGGAAGAGGCCUUGCCACUGCUCGAAAAAGUGAUUGUUUUGAAAGGCAGCAUGAAACCAUCUGAUGUGUGUCACUUUCUUACGGAGCUCAGCCGCUUGCACCGUGACAAGAUGUCAUUUGUGAGGAGUGACCAACGCUUCUUCAUGCUCCUACGAUAUUCCGUGGAACACCUUUGCUUCUUCACUGAGCUGCAGCUUCUGGAGGUGCUUCAGGCGUUUGUGUGGCUUGACAUGCCCUCCGACCACACUAUACUUAGGCAUUAUGAGGCAGAGUUGAUCCGCCGGGCCAACCAGAUGAGUUUACAUCAGCUGCUGUUAGCUGCUGACUUGUGGCGUUGUAUUGGGAGGCAGGUCCCCCAAUACUUACAGCACCUCUAUGAUUCGGUCCGUCUGCAUUGGGAAGAGAUGGAGGUCGCUGAACUGGUGCAUCUGUUGUAUAUAAUUGGAGAGGGUAGGCAGUGCCCAAAAGACUUAAUGCAUCCCGUAGAGCAGCAACUCAUGCGUCACCUACAUCAACUGCUCCCUGAGGAGGUUGGUGCUGUAUGCCUGGGGCUCUUUAAGUCCAAGUUUUCAGUAUCUGAGGGUGCAGUCACUCGUAUUGUUGAUAAGGGGCACUCCCUGAUAGAAGACAUGAGUGACUUUGCCAUAGUGAAUGUUCUGAAAUUCCUGCGUUUCAGCUACCUGUAUCACAGGGCUUGGCUGCAGGCAAUGUCUCAGGAAGUUCCUCGACGGGCCAAAAAGAUGGGUGUCCAGGGGUUGAUGCAUGUGGCGUUGGGCUGCUCAGCGCUGCAUUACCGUGAUGAUAACAUCCUAUUGGCAAUUGCUGAGAGAGUUCCCUCGCUGGUGGCACACUGUAGGAUUAAAGACUCAUGUAAACUGCUGUGGGCCCUGGGCACAUUAGGGUUUCUCCCAGUCCAGAGCCCAAGCUUCUAUCCAAGCCUUACAAAGGCACUGAGAGAGAGAAAAGCUGAAUUCCAGCGAUACCCUGAGCAUCUUCUUACUGCUCUUUUAGGCCUGGCCUUUGUCUCCCAGUUUCCACAAGACCUUAUUACAAUAGCUUUGAGUCCUGACUUUGUCAAGUCAGCACUGAGUUCUACAAAGUUGGAGCUGAAAAAAGACUUACUCACUUUAGAUGAGACCGUGGGUUUGGAGUUACCUCAUUGGAGUGGCCCACGACUGAGCUGUGAACUGAGGGAGGAAGUGACAGAAAUGCUGUGGAGGUUUGCUCAAUCAGACUUGUGCCACAAACCAGAGGUUCUGGAGGCAGAAUCUGCUCUUCAGGAUCUGCUUGGUGGAGAGAAGUUUGUUUGUAAGAGAAUGAUUCUCCCCCACACUCGCUCAAUCGACCUGGAAGUGCAUUUUGACUCCAGUGGACAGCCAAUACCUGUGGACUCAGCAUUGCACACAACGACCAUACCUCCAGAGCACAAUUCAUCAACAUCUGUUUCUCAUCAGGGUUGGGAAGCAGUUAUAACUGAUGAACUGUUCGCACAACUAAUAAAUAACAAAAACGGCACCAAACCUUUAACCCCGUCUCCUACAUCUGAGCUUAAAUCUCCUCACAGAGUAGAGCCUGAUGAUGGUAGGAGACAGUUUGACACAGGGCUAUACCUGACCAGUGACAUCAUAGAAAAUCUUGCCAGACCAUGUAGCCAAGACUCAGCACCUCAGGACUCUAGAAACACUGUGAAACUUGCCAUCCAAGUUUCAAGCAAAAACCACUAUUGCUACCAUUCACAGCAGUUGAUGGGCCUUUAUGCCAUGAAGAGGAGGCACUUGAAGUUGGCAGGAUACAGGGUUGUAGAGCUUAGCUUUCACGAGUGGUUUCCCAUGCUGAGGAAAAGCAGGGCUGAGAAGCUUGCACACCUGCACUGCAAAGUGUAUAACAGUCUGCAAUGAUUCUCUGAACUGUAAGAGCCCCAAAACAUCCCAGCAGAUUCAGACUUUAAACUGUGUUGGCAAGUUGGCUGUUUGGGAAUGCACCAAAAAACGGCCUGUUUAAAAAGAGGUUCAUUGUUAAUUCAUCCACAUCCAUCAUUUGCUUUUUGUGUGUGUGUUUAAUUCCAAAUUCAUGUCUGAAGAAGUUUGUCAAAAUGUGUGACAUUUCAGGACAUUUCUUGAAAAUAAUGCAUAUUAAAAAAUCUAAUUUUCA